CGAACUGGGAACAAAAUGCGUGGUGGAAGUGGAUCAACAACAGACUAUUCUACAUAACCCCAGCUCUCGGAACAGCGGAAAACAACCAAAGAGUUUUGCUUUUGAUCAGUGUUUUUGGUCUUUCAAUGAAAAUCAUCCACAUUAUGCCAGCCAAGAAACUGUUUUCAACAGCCUUGGAGCAGAUAUAUUGGAUAACGCUUUUCAAGGGUAUAAUGCGUGCAUUCUUGCGUAUGGGCAGACAGGAUCGGGGAAAUCAUUUACGAUGAUGGGAUCUGAGGACAAUAAAGGAUUGAUUCCUAGGCUUUGUGAUGCUCUGUUUGAACGCAUUAAUGCAUCAGGGCGGCAGUCAGAUUAUAAAGUUGAAGUCUCUUACAUGGAGAUUUAUAAUGAGAAAGUGCACGAUUUGCUUGAUCCUAAAGGAUGCAAGCAAACAUUAAAAGUUAGAGAACAUAACAUUUUAGGACCAUAUGUUGAUGGUCUAUCAACACUUGCAGUAUCUUCAUAUGAGGAAAUAAAUAACCUCAUGACUGAAGGUAAUAAAUCUCGAACUGUUGCUGCAACAAAUAUGAACAGUGAAUCCAGCAGGUCACAUGCAGUUUUUACCAUUACUCUUACAUGUACUGUAUCAGAUGAUUUAUCAGGAGUUACUGGAGAAAAGGUAUCUAAGAUGAGUUUAGUUGACUUAGCUGGUAGUGAAAGAGCUGUUAAGACUGGUGCAGUUGGCGAGAGACUUAAAGAAGGCUCAAACAUUAACAAGUCAUUAACAACACUAGGUUUGGUUAUAUCAAAACUAGCUGACCAGUCUUGUGGGAAAACAAAAGACAAAUUUGUUGCAUACAGAGAUUCCGUACUUACCUGGUUGUUAAAGGACAAUCUUGGUGGCAACAGCCGAACCGUCAUGGUAGCUACUAUUAGUCCUGCAGCUGACAAUUAUGAUGAAACACUUUCAACAUUACGUUAUGCUGACAGGGCUAAACGAAUAGUUAAUCAUGCUGUUGUAAAUGAAGAUCCAAAUGCCAGGAUUAUCCGAGAUCUCAGGGAAGAAGUGGAAAUGCUCAAAGAACAGCUCAAAAGUACCACACAAGAAGACUUACAAGAACGUUUGCGUGAAUCUGAGAAACUCAUGCAGGAAAUAUCUCAGACAUGGGAAGAAAAACUCAGGAAAACAGAAAAAAUUCAUCAGGAGCGUCAACAGGCUCUUGAAAAAAUGGGCAUAUCAGUACAGGCCUCUGGCAUUAAAGUAGAACAAGAUAAAUAUUAUUUAGUCAACUUAAAUGCUGACCCAUCUUUAAACGAGUUACUAGUCUAUUACCUAAAAGAAAAAACCGUUGUAGGUUAUCCCGGUGCAUCAUCUGAUUUAGACAUCCAAUUAAGUGGCUUGGGCAUUAUGCCUAUGCAUUGUACUAUUCUUAUAGAAAAUUCAGAACUGAUUCUCAUACCAGUAGAUGGAGCAAGAACAUGUGUAAAUGGAUCUGUUGUCACAAAGAGGAUACAGCUUCAUCAUGGAGACCGAAUUCUAUGGGGAAAUAAUCAUUUCUUUAGAGUUAAUUGUCCCAAAACUAGCAAUUGCAAUAGUCCUGACAUUCCUGAACGACCCCUUGAUUAUGAUUUUGCUAGAGAAGAACUGAUGAUGAAUGAGUUGAGUAAUGAUCCAAUACAGUCAGCUAUGGCAGCUCUAGAAAAACAGCAUGAAGAAGAUAAACAAAUUGCUCUGGACAAACAAAGGCAAAUGUAUGAGAGACAGUUACAAAUUCUUAGGAAUCAAAUGUCUCCAGGCACACCAUACAGUCCAUAUCCUCCUUUUGAUUUAUUAGGUUUAGGAAAAUUUACACCUGCUGGCACACCUACAAGUAAUGUUCAGUCACGAAUGGAACGUUGGGCCCAAGACAGAGAUGAAUUAUUUAAGAAAAGUCUUGCAAAAUUACGAGAGGACAUAGUUCGUGCUAAUGGUCUUGUAAGAGAAGCGAACUUUCUGGCUGAAGAAAUGGGCAAGGAAACGGAGUUCAAAGUGACACUUCAGAUCCCUGCUGCAAAUCUCAGCCCCAACAGAAAGAAAGGAGCUUUUGUUAGUGAGCCUGCUGUUCUUGUGAAGCGAAGGAACAAAAAUGGACAAGUAUGGUCAAUGGAAAAACUGGAAAACAAAUUAAUUGAUAUGCGAGAAAUGUAUCAAGAAAGAAAAGAAAAAGGUCUUAAUAUGAAAGAAGGGCUGCCACCUAAAGCUAUGGAUCCUUUUUAUGAAUCCCAAGAAAAUCACAAUCUCAUUGGUGUAGCCAAUGUAUUUUUAGAUUUCUUGUUUCAUGAUGUAACUUUGGAUUACCAGGUUCCUAUUAUAAGUCAGCAAGGAGAAGUUGCUGGGAGGCUACAUGUUGAAAUUUGUCGCAUAGAAGGAAGCUUUCUAGAUAACUUGGAGAAUAGUGAAUCUGACUUGGACAGAAGCUCAGAUAUUAAAGACAGUUCUCAUGAUAUGAAUGAGAGUAAUGCAAGCCGUCAAAUAAAAAUACAACUGUCCAUAAAAUCUGCCACUGGUCUACCUCCGUCACUUUCAAAUUUUGUGUUUUGCCAAUAUGUCUUUUGGGGUCAUCCAGAUGCUGUUGUUGUUCCGCCCAUUGUUAAUCCAGAAUAUCCUGCCUCACGAAAGGGGAAAGACUGCAUGACAUUUAAAUUUGAGCAUGUGCAGGAAUUUGUAGUAUAUGUGACAGAAGAAUUUGUUGAACACUGCUCUGAAGGUGCUCUUUCCAUAGAAGUAUGGGGUCAUCGUAGUGCUGGGUUUAGUAGUACUAAACCUGGAUGGGAUGUGGAUGUCCAGUUAAUGCGAUCUAGGUCUUUAGCCGAUCGAUGGUCAGAGCUAAUUCGGAAGAUUGAGUUGUGGGUUGAAAUACAAGAGCUGAAUGAUUUGGGAGAAUAUGCUGCAGUUGAAGUAAUACCAAGACCUGAUAUUACUACAGGCGGUGUUUAUCAGUUGCGACAGGGCCAACAACGUAGAGUUGUUGUAAGAGUGAAACCUGUCCAUAAUUCUGGUACACUACCUAUCAUAUGUGAAGCAAUAACAAGUGUUUCCAUUGGAGGCAUAUGUUCUCGCUCAAAACUGCAAAAGCCAUUAGAUUCGUAUCAGGAAGAAGAUUUAACCCUAUUGAGAGAAAAGUGGUCUGAAGCUCUGAUGAAAAGAAGAGAGUAUCUUGAUAGCCAGAUUCAGAAAAUCAUUAAUAAGAAAGAUAAGACUGAUCAAGAUGUUGAAAGAGAGCAGAGUUUGAUUGACCAGUGGGUAUGUUUGACAGAAGAGAGAAAUACAGUUCUUGUUCCUGCCCCUAGAUCUGGCAUCCCUGGAGCACCAGCUGAUUGGGAUCCUCCAAUGGGAAUGGAAAAGCACAUUCCAGUUAUUUUUCUUGAUUUAAAUGCUGAUGAUAUGAGUGUACCUGUGAAAGGAGAUUCUGAGAUUCGUAUUGCUGGAGCUAAUUCCAUACUUCCAAAGGAACAUGGAAGUCAGUCCUUUAACCUGCCAAUAGUAAAAUAUUGUGAAAAGGAGGUAUGUGCAACUGCAGCUUGGGAUUCCUCUAUUCAUGAUUCCAUUCAUUUAAACCGAGCCACAUCACCCAACGACCGCAUAUAUUUAAUACUGAAAGCAUCAGUCCGUCUUAGUCAUCCUGCCACAAUGGAUGUCAUGCUGCGCAAGCGACUUGCCAUAAAUGUGUAUAAAAAACAGUCCAUAGCUGACAAAAUUAAGAAAAAAAUUGUUCGCCAAUGUCUGUGGGGGCACCUGUAUAUUCAGGGUCAAACUGAAAACUACCUAGACACGCUUUUGCAAACUGGGGUCACAUAUGAAGUUGUGUCCAAUAUACCAAAGGCUUCAGAAGAUCCUGAAAAUCGAGAAAUGCUUGCACUUAUGGCUGCCUCUGGUGAAGAUGCCCAUACGAAUGAUGGAGAAAGCUACAUUGAAAAAUACACUCGGGGUGUAUCAGCAGUAGAAAGCAUUUUGAUGCUUGAUAGACUAAGACAGGAAGUGGCUGUAAAAGAAUUGCUUGCAGCCCAGGGCAAGCCUUUACGGAAGACAGCAAGUGUGCCAAAUAUUGCUCAUGUUCUUAGAAUGGAACAAAGACUCGAUACAACAUUCCCACAGAGAAUGGAUCCCAGUGCACGAGCAGAUUCAGCUUGUGAAUUAACUAUGCAGUCUCCAAAUGAUGACUUCAAACAGAGAAAUGUAUCCAGUCCUUUAACAAGUACACCAUUUGGAAAAGAAAAACCAUCCAUUAGCAAUGGAGAAUCUCCAGUCACUUCUCCAUAUGGCUUAACUCGGCCCACUUUCUUGAAUCUCAGUUUCAAUUUGAAUAUGAGUCUUCGUCAGAAUUCAUCCAUUUUAAAUUCUCCUCUGAAUGGAUUAACCCCACAGUCUACAAAAUUAGUGAAACCAAUGUCCACUGUUGUUGAAGAACAGAGUCUCCAGAGCGUACCUGAAUGUGGCCUGGAUGAUAGUGCUGAGUUUUGUGAUAACCAAUUUGGAGAUGAAACCAUUGCACAAAAUCUUAAUGACAAAUUAGCAGGCAGCGAAGAAGAAUUAAAUAAUUUCCAGUCCUGUCAAACAGAAGAAAAUUCCAGAGUGCAUCAUGCUGAAGCAUCUGAAAUUGCUCCAGAAAAAAGAGGUCGUACAUUAGAAACUCCAGAUAGCAUUGGUGAUAUACAGCCUAAAGUUGGAACUCCUAGCAUGAUCUCCAGUGGUUAUGGAUCUCAGGCUUUAUCCACAACACCAGCAUCUAGUGAAGAUUCAAUCUCGAUACACAGUGUGACAGAAGACUUCCGUGAUACUGAUUUUGUUCCUGAGAUUACUGUCCCAAGUGAGGAUGAUCAUCAACCAGAAUAUUAUCCGCCAAAUACAAAUUUCAUAGAAGAUUUCCAUAAUAAUAAUAAUGCUACUACUGAAGGAGAUAAGACUGUUACAGAGCAAGACCUUUUGGAUACUCAGUGUGUAGAUACAAAUGCUGAAAUUCAUUCUCAAGGUUCAUCAGAUGGUGAAAUAUCUAGAGAUACACCAAUAGAUAUGAAAUUACCAGCAUGGCUAACUGUUGGUGAGAGUGUUAUGAUAUCUCCUUAUAAUAAAACUGGAGUUGUAGCAUACUUAGGUCCAACUAAUUUUGCAUCUGGCCCAUGGGCUGGAGUAGAAUUAGAUACACCUACAGGAAAAAAUGAUGGCACAGUUAAUGGAGUUCGGUAUUUUGAAUGUAAACCUCGUUUUGGAAUAUUUGUAAGACCUGACAAGCUCGUUAUUGAUAGCAGAGGGAGAGCAAUGAGAGCUGCCCGCUCUACUUCUGCCACAUCAAAUGGAGCUACUAAGAGAAGCCGAGAAGACAUUUCAGUCCAUAAAAGUCACAGUCGAUCGGACAAUCACUCUAGUGGUGGACAGUGGAGUUCAUCCAAGGCACGGAGUCGCAGCAGAGAUACUAAAAUGCGCCUCAGCAGCACACCAAGAGGCAAGAAAUGAAUAUGGCUGUACACAGAACUGUCAAUCUAAUCCAAAUCCACUGAAAUAGAGUCAGAAAGAAUUGGAAAAGUGAAAUCCUCUUUCUGCGCAUAUGGCUUGAUAAUAUGCAAUGCAGAGGAAUUCUCAGAUAGACUGUACUUAAUCUGAGAUGAACUUUGAGCCUCAGCUCUUUUUCUCCAACAGAUACAAACUAGAGUUGGUUUCUGUAACUCUAGUUUUCAAGUAGUGUAUAGUUUAAGCUUCCUACAGUGGUCUCAUCGAUUUCAAAAUAAUAAUUAUAAAAAAAUAUUCAGUCAAAAGAUUUUGUACAUUCUUUUCUUUUUUCCCUUCUUUUAUGAUUUCUCUAAAGAUACUAUGAUUUAUCUUGAGCUAUGUGUUAAUUGAAUACCGUCCUUGGGUAUUGCCCCCAAAUAUUUCACUGGCAUUAAUUUUGUGUAGUUAUAUGGAUAAUUAACUUAUUUCAGUUGUAGAUUUGUUUUGCUUGGAAACAUACUCAAUUAUAGACUACAAAUAAAAUUAUUUAUUGUAUACUAUAAUGUCUUUCUCAGAUGAAUUGCGAGUCUAUCCAUUUCACUUCAGGCCAGUAUUAUUAUAAAUGUCCAUAUGCAGUUUCUUGUUCUGGUGUUAUAAAACAAACAACAAACUGAUAAUUUAAAAGUGUUUCAAUAACAAAGUGUUUUUAAUUAGAAAUAGCAUUAUAUUUUUCUGAAUGGCAGCUAUGACAAAUUAAAUAUCAGGGUAUAUUAUUUUCAUCUAAUACUCGAAUUACUUGCAAUUGCAAACACAUUAUAUACGUUUUAUGAUCAUUAGAAAUAUUUUCUAAAUUUGGAAAUUGGUGAUUGGUGAAUUUGGAAUAGGUUACAUGAAAUGCUUAAGAUUUUUAGCAGCAUACUUUGCCUAAUACUAUGUUAAAAAAGUGAAAAGUUUUGCGUGAGCAAUUUGGCAUAUUUAGAAAACGUAUAAUUUAAUUUAUAACCUGCUGAAAUGCAAAAAAUUAAUUUUUAGUAAAAAUAACUCCUCAAAAACCAUAAGGAUCGAAUUUGAAAAAGCAUUUAAUUACAGUAUACAUGUGAAAUUUUAUUAUUUAUUUAUUAUACUCUAUAUAUGGAGAGACUAUUUUACAGUUUUUCUUUACUGUGACACCCACUUAUUGCUGUAAAUUUUUUCCUAAUAAAUUCACUAGAGAAAGAAAAGCUACUAACUGUUAUAAUUAAAACAAAAAAUCAUAGCAGUUUUGAAUAAAAAUUAUGAAGGGGUUUAUAGCAUAUUAUAAUAAUGCAUCAAUUUAUUUACUUUUUUAAAAAACAAUUUUUGGAAAUACAUUGCUCUAAUUCUUUCUGGACUAUAUUUAUUGCACUACUGUUUUGCAAUUAAUGUAGGAUACCAACUUUUUUGUGCAUAAUGAUCAUCAGAAAUCCUUUCUAGUUUAGAAAAUACACAAGUCUAGAGAUUAUUCAUGUAAAAAUGUUCAUUGACUAAAAGAAAUACUCAUAUUAAAAUUAUUUUAACUCGAUUAAUAUUGUAGUUUAUUGUAUGUAUUUCUGGCAGCAUGUCAAUAUAAAGUUAUGGUUUUUAAACGUAAAUUGUGUAGCUGCUAUUUAAAGAUUUCACAUAUGCAUAUACUUACCUACAUGUAUAUGAGUGCAUUCUAAACAAUAAUUUAAUAUAUUAAUAGUUGUUUUUAUAAUUUAGAAUUUUGUCAGUUCAUGUAUUAAGAUAUAUUUUUUUCUUAUGUAAAAUAUUAGUUUAUUUGGCGUUUUGUCUGGUUUGCAGCUAGAAAAGGCCUUUAGUAACUAGAAGCUAGAUAUGCACUGAAAGGCUUACGAUCUAGAAAAUAACUACUUUAAAUCAUGCUUUGCAAAAUCACUUAUCAUCUUGGUUUGUUUCUAUCUGAUAGAAUUUUUUUUAAUUAGUUAUACAAUGAAUUCAAUACACUAACAUGAGAUUUAUGAAAUAUUGAGUUUGUGUUAGUCUUGAAAAGUUGCAAAUCAAAAAUUGCACAAAUAUUUUUCAUGAGAAACAGAAGUCAAUUGGAAGGAAAAAAUUGCAAUAAAGGGCAUUAAAAAUUUAUCAUUAAUGCAUUACUGUUAAUUUAAAUUAAGGUGCCUGAAGUGUAUAAAGAAUUUAUUAAAUAAUAUAUAAUAAAGCAAAAUUCAUCAUUUGCUUUCUUAAAAAUUGUAAUUUUCAUACAUUGCCUUUUCUUGGCAUGGAUAAUUAAAUCUUUUUUUUUAAAUUUCACUUAGUGAAUUAUAUCAGUUAUGAGUCAAACUGUCCAGACUCUGCAGUGGAUAAAAGUAGUUAUCAGUUAUCUACAGUGGAUAUAGAAAAAUUUUAUGUAUGUGGAAUGGAAAUGCCAUAGGACUUGGAAGAUUGAAUAUGGUUGUAUUUUGCAUUUGUAUUAUUAAUCCUUUUUAGUUUCCAGUCAUGCAUUGUUUCUAAAUCUAUUGUUUAUAACAAAUGAAGGUAUUAAAAAGUUAGCUGAAAUAUUUUUUCUGUGAUAUUUUUCAUUUGUACAAUUCUUUAGAUAUAAAUUUACUGUUUUAUUAUGACAGAUUUUUUUUUUUUUUAAUUUAAUGUCCAAGUUAUAUAAACUGAUUAUCUGGUGUUAUUGUUUAAAUAUUGUAAUUAUAAGUUAACUGUUAUUGGAAGCUUGACAACGGUAGGAUUUCCAGAUGUUUUAGUUUUGUAUAUCUGAGCGGUUUAACAAUACUAUAGGGUGUCACUGUUUUUAGGAACCAAAAACAAAUUUUAGAUUUCAGUUGUUAAGCUGUCCUUGUAUCUGGCCAUGUUAUUGUGCAUAAUAACAUAGGACCAGCAAUUUGUAUAUUGUGUUCUUCCAAAGAAUAAAUUUUUAAGAUGAGUU